AUGGCCGUUUCUAAGUAUUGUUUCCUUUUGUCUAUGAUCAUAGCAUUGUCACUCUCAAGCAUCGAUGUGAGCCUCGCGACUCGUUACCUUUUGGACACACCAGCUGCUCCACCUCCAGCAUUAACAUUGCCUACAAUCCCAUCUCUGCCAAAGGCCACAUUGCCUCCUCUGCCAUCAGUGCCCACACUGCCUAAAGCCACAUUGCCACCACUGCCUAGCACUCCAUUGCCGACACUGCCAACUCAACCAACUCUGCCAAAGCCCACAUUGCCACCACUUCCAAGCAUCCAAGUCCCAUCUCAGCCAACAUUACCAACCACCACAUUGCCACCAUUGCCUUCCAACCCAUUGCCAACACUGCCAAAUCAACCAACUCUUCCAAAGUCCACGUUGCCACCAUUGCCAAGCACCCAAGUCCCAACAUUGCCAACCAUGCCCACAAUUCCCAAGGUGACACUACCUCCUCUCCCAGCUAAUCCAUUGCCUACCAUCCCAACCACAAUUCCUUCGAUCCCCACCAUUCCGACCACAAUCCCAACAAUUCCUUUCCUCUCUCCACCCCCCUCAAAGUGA